GGCUCUGCUGCUUGGUAGCUCGUAGGGGUCGGUCUGAAACGCCCAUUGAUGCCUGGGUAUCUGCAGAUCUCUGUAGAAUGGGUAUUUAUUUCAUGGUGAGGUUAGAGUUUUCUUGGGUUGUGCAUUUGCAGACAAGCGUGGUUGUGUUUUUAACAGGUUUCUGAGAAGAAUCAGUGGGGAGAAAUUGUUGAAGAGUUCAACUUUCCCAGAAGUUGUUCUAACGCUGCCUUUGCUUUAAAACAGUAUUACUUGCGUUACCUAGAAAAGUACGAGAAAGUUCAUCAUUUUGGGGAGGAUGAUGAUGAAGUACCACCAGGCAAUCCAAAGCCACAGCUUCCUAUUGGUGCAAUUCCAUCUUCCUACAAUUACCAGCAACACAGUGUAUCAGAUUAUCUUCGUCAAAGUUAUGGGCUAUCUAUGGACUUCAAUUCGCCAAAUGAUUAUAACAAAUUGGUGCUUUCACUGUUAUCUGGACUCCCAAAUGAAGUGGAUUUUGCUAUUAAUGUAUGCACUCUUCUGUCAAAUGAAAGCAAACAUGUCAUGCAACUUGAAAAAGACCCUAAAAUCAUCACUUUAUUACUUGCUAAUGCUGGGGUGUUUGACGACACUUUAGGAUCCUUUUCUACUGUAUUUGGAGAAGAAUGGAAGGAGAAGACUGAUAGAGAUUUUGUUAAGUUUUGGAAAGACAUUGUUGAUGAUAAUGAAGUCCGUGACCUUAUUUCUGAUAGAAACAAGUCUCAUGAAGGUACAUCAGGAGAAUGGAUUUGGGAGUCUUUAUUUCAUCCACCUCGAAAGCUGGGCAUUAAUGAUAUUGAAGGACAGCGGGUACUUCAGAUUGCAGUGAUUUUGCGAAACCUUUCUUUUGAGGAGGGAAAUGUUAAGCUCUUGGCAGCUAAUCGUACCUGUCUUCGUUUCCUAUUACUUUCUGCACAUAGUCAUUUUAUUUCCCUAAGGCAAUUAGGCCUUGACACAUUAGGAAAUAUUGCAGCUGAGCUUUUAUUGGAUCCUGUUGAUUUCAAAACUACUCAUCUGAUGUUUCAUACUGUUACAAAAUGCCUAAUGUCAAGGGAUAGAUUUUUAAAGAUGAGGGGAAUGGAAAUUUUGGGAAAUCUUUGCAAAGCAGAAGAUAAUGGUGUUUUGAUUUGUGAAUAUGUCGAUCAGGACUCAUACAGAGAGAUCAUUUGUCAUCUCACUUUACCUGAUGUACUGCUCGUAAUCUCAACACUCGAGGUGCUAUAUAUGCUCACAGAAAUGGGAGAUGUAGCUUGUACAAAAAUUGCUAAAGUAGAAAAGAGCAUAGACAUGUUAGUAUGUCUAGUUUCUAUGGAUAUUCAAAUGUUUGGCCCUGAUGCACUAGCUGCAGUAAAACUCGUUGAACAUCCAAGUUCCAGUCAUCAAGUUUUAUCUGAAAUUAGGACACAAGCUGUAGAGCAAGUUCAAACCCAGAUCCAUGUAGCAGCUGCCCCAGCUUCCAGAGCAGUUGUAGCACAGCAUGUUGCUCCACCUCCAGGAAUAGUGGAAAUAGAUAGUGAGAAGUUUGCUUGUCAGUGGCUAAAUGCUCAUUUUGAAGUAAAUCCAGAUUGUUCUGUCUCUCGAGCAGAAAUGUAUUCUGAGUACCUCUCAACUUGCAGUAAAUUAGCUCGUGGUGGAAUCCUAACAUCAACUGGAUUUUAUAAAUGUCUUAGAACGGUGUUUCCAAAUCAUUCAGUGAAGAGAGUGGAGGAUUCCAGUAAUAGUGGGCAGGCGCAUAUUCAUGUAGUAGGAGUAAAACGGAGGGCUAUACCACUUCCCAUUCAGAUGUACUAUCAGCAGCAACCAGUUUCUACUCCUGUUGUUCGUGUUGAUUCUGUUCCUGAUAUAUCUACAAGUCCUUCACCUGCAGGAAUCCCUCAUGGACCACAAACUGUAGGAAACCAUUUUCAGAGGACUCCUGUUACCAAUCAAUCUUCAAAUUUGACUGCAACACAAAUGUCUUUUCCAGUACAAGGUGUUCAUACUAUGGCACAGACUGUUUCAAGAAUUCCACCAAAUCCUUCAGUUCAUACCCACCAGCAACAAAAUGCUCCGGUGACUGUCAUUCAAAAUAAAGCUCCAAUUCCUUGUGAAGUUGUUAAGGCUACAAUGAUCCAGAAUUCUAUACCCCAGACAGCAGUUCCUGUUAGUAUUGCUGUGGGAGGAGGAGCUGCACAGAGUUCUGUGGUUCAGAAUCAUAGUACAGGGCCACAGCCUGUUACAGUUGUAAAUUCCCAGACAUUGCUUCAUCAUCCAUCUGUAAUUCCACAACAGUCUCCAUUACACACCGUGGUACCAGGUCAGAUACCUUCUGGCACUCCUGUUACUGUAAUUCAACAAACUGUCCCACAGAGUCAUAUAUUUGGCAGAGUACAGACCAUGCCAGCAUGUACUUCUACAGUUUCACAGGGUCAACAGUUGAUCACCACAUCACCCCAACCUGUGCAAACUUCAUCUCAACAGACAUCAGCUGGUAGCCAGCCACAAGACACUGUUAUCAUAGCACCCCCACAGUAUGUAACAACUUCUGCAUCUAAUAUUGUGUCAGCAACUUCAGUACAGAAUUUUCAGGUAGCUACAGGACAAAUGGUUACUAUUGCUGGUGUCCCAAGUCCACAACCCUCAAGGGUAGGGUUUCAGAACAUUGCACCAAAACCUCUCCCUUCUCAGCAAGUUUCAUCAACGGUGGUACAACAGCCUAUUCAACAACCACAGCAGCCAACCCAACAAAGUGUAGUGAUUGUAAGCCAGCCAGCUCAACAAGGUCAGACUUAUGCACCAGCCAUUCACCAAAUUGUUCUAGCUAAUCCAGCAGCUCUUCCAUCUGGUCAGACAGUUCAGCUAACUGGACAACCAAACAUAACUCCAUCUUCCUCACCAUCACCUGUCCCAGCUUCUAAUAACCAAGUCCCUACUGCCAUGUCAUCUUCUUCUACCCCUCAAUCACAGGGACCACCUCCUACUGUCAGUCAAAUGCUAUCUGUGAAAAGACAGCAGCAGCAGCAUUCACCAGCACCUCCACCUCAGCAGGUACAAGUACAAGUUCAGCAGCCACAAGUACAGAUGCAAGUUCAACCACAGCAAACAAAUGCAGUUGGUCAGCCUGCUUCUGGUGAGUCAAGCCUAAUAAAACAGUUGCUGCUUCCAAAACGUGGUCCUUCAACUCCAGGUGGUAAGCUUAUUCUCCCAGCUCCACAGGUUCCUCCCCCUAAUAAUGCAAGAGCUCCUAGCCCUCAGGUGGUAUACCAGGUGGCCAAUAACCAAGCAGCAGGUUUUGGAAUGCAGGGGCAAACUCCAGCACAGCAGCUGUUAGUUGGGCAGCAAAAUGUUCAGUUGGUCCAAGGUGCAAUGCCAUCCACAGGGGGAGUGCAAACCGUGCCCAUCUCGAACUUACAAAUAUUGCCAGGUCCACUGAUCUCAAAUAGCCCAGCAACCAUUUUCCAAGGGACUUCAGGCAACCAGGUAACCAUAACAGUUGUGCCAAAUACAAGUUUUGCAACUGCAACUGUGAGUCAGGGAAAUGCAACUCAGCUAAUUGCUCCAGCAGGAAUUACCAUGAGCGGGACCCAGGCAGGAGUUGGACUUCAGGUGCAAACACUUCCAGCCAGUCAAGCAUCUCCAGCUGGACAAUCAUCUUGUACUACUGCUACUCCCCCAUUCAAAGGUGAUAAAAUAAUUUGCCAAAAGGAGGAGGAAGCAAAAGAAGCAACAGGUUUACAUGUUCAUGAACGUAAAAUUGAAGUCAUGGAGAACCCGUCCUGCAGACGAGGAACCAUGAACACCAGCAAUGGGGAUACAAAAGAAAAUGAAAUGCAGGUGGGAAGUCUUUUAAAUGGGAGAAAGUACAGUGACUCAAGUCUACCUCCUUCAAACUCAGGGAAAAUUCAAAGUGAGGCUAAUCAGUGCUCACUAAUUAGUAAUGGGCCAUCAUUAGAAUUAGGUGAAAAUGGAGCAUCUGGAAAACAGAACUCAGAACAAGUGGACAUGCAGGAUAUCAAAAGUGAUUUGAGAAAACCUUUAGUUAAUGGAAUCUGUGAUUUUGAUAAAGGAGAUGGUUCUCAUUUAAGCAAAAACAUUCCAAAUCACAAAACUUCCAAUCAUGUAGGAAAUGGUGAGAUAUCUCCAAUGGAACCACAAGGGACACUAGAUGCCACUCAGCAAGAUACUGCCAAAGGUGAUCAACUAGAAAGAAUUUCUAAUGGACCUGUAUUAACUUUGGGUGGUUCACCAUCUGUGAGCAGUAUACAGGAGACUUCAAAUGUGGCAACACAGCAAUUUAGUGGUACUGAUUUGCCUAAUGGACCUCUAACUUCAAGUUUGAAUUCAGAUGUGCCUCAGCAACGCCCAAGUGUGGUUGUCUCACCACAUUCUACAACCUCUGUCAUACAGGGGCAUCAAAUCAUAGUUCCCCACUCAGGAUCAAGAGUGUCCCAUUCUCCUGCCCUACCAUCUGAUGUUCGGUCUACAAAUGGCACAGCAGAAUGCAAAACUGUAAAGAGGCCAGCAGAGGAUAAUGAUAGGGAAACAGUCACAGGAAUUCCAAAUAAAGUAGGCGUUAGAAUUGUUACAAUCAGUGACCCCAACAAUGCUGGCUGCAGUGCAACAAUGGUUGCCGUGCCAGCAGGAGCAGAUCCAAGCACUGUAGCUAAAGUAGCAAUAGAAAGUGCUGUUCAGCAAAAGCAGCAGCAGCCAUCAUCAUACAUACAGAAUGUGGUCCCACAGAACACUCCUAUGACGCCUUCACCAGCUGUACAAGUGCAGAGCCAGCCUAACAGUUCUCAGCCUUCUCCAUUCAGUGCAUCUAGUCAACAUGGGGAUUCAGUGAGAAAACCUGGACACAACUUCAUGUGUCUGUGGCAGUCUUGUAAAAAGUGGUUUCAGACACCCUCACAGGUUUUCUACCAUGCAGCGACUGAACAUGGAGGAAAAGAUGUAUAUCCAGGGCAAUGUCUGUGGGAAGGUUGUGAGCCUUUUCAGCGACAAAGGUUUUCUUUUAUUACCCACUUACAGGAUAAGCACUGUUCAAAGGAUGCCCUGCUUGCAGGAUUAAAACAAGAUGAACCAGGACAAGCAGGAAGUCAAAAACCUUCUACCAAGCAGCCAGUUGUGGGGGGCACAAGCUCAACUCCUAGAGCACAAAAGGCCAUUGUGAAUCAUCCCAGUGCUGCCCUUAUGGCUCUAAGGAGAGGAUCAAGAAACCUCGUCUUUCGAGAUUUUACAGAUGAAAAAGAGGGACCAAUAACUAAACACAUCCGACUAACAGCUGCCUUAAUAUUAAAAAACAUUGGUAAAUAUUCAGAAUGUGGUCGCAGAUUGUUAAAGAGACAUGAAAACAACCUAUCAGUGCUAGCCAUUAGUAACAUGGAAGCGUCCUCCACCCUUGCCAAAUGCCUUUACGAACUUAACUUUACAGUUCAGAGUAAAGAACAAGAAAAAGACUCAGAAAUGCUGCAGUGAAAAAUAAUUCCACUUCUGUAGUGGGGAACUCAAAGUCAGAUACAUUUCACAUGUUACUGAAGAAAGCACCAAGUCUUAAUGGAGCAGAGACCAUAGAAUGAAUUAUUUUAUCUCCUCCCAUGAUGCUGAGAGGAAGCUUCGUAUUCUGAUCCCUGAGUGAUCCCUUUGUUCUGUUUUAAAAAAAAUCUAAAAAGAAAAAGAAAAAAAAAAACUGCUGUGGGAUUGUCAACCAGCUUAUCUGCAGGAUGUCUCUCAGAUCUGAUAAGUCCUGAUGGAAACUGGUAUGAUCAGAAUUCAGUACCAUCCACAUUGGAAUAUACAUGGAAUAUUGUAAAACCUACAUGAGCAGAUGAAAUAGAAGCAUUAAAUAUUUUUAUCUAUAUCCAAAAAGGAGCACAUUUUUAUAUUUACAAAACCGUUUAAGCUGGUUUGAAUAAUUAAAAAAAAAAGUUUCAGCACACCUAUACCCCGUAUCUCCAAGGGGGCCACUAAUAUCUAGAUAUGGAUUGUGUGUUUUGUUUAGAAAUCAGUAGCUUGGUUUUCUUACUUGAGCCAAUAUAUUUUCACUUAUUUAUUAUCAUAAAAAUUUACCAGUCUGAAUAGAUCCUGUAAAUAUUUGUGAAUAGAAUGAACACCUUUCAUGCCACUGCAGCCACUGGAAAUACAUUCUGUGGUGUCCUAGAAGCAUUACUGGUAGGUCCUAAAGUUUUCUAGACUUUCCUGUCAAUUGUAAGUAAUUGUGAUAUAUUCUACGCAGUGGAUGAAUGUUCUUUAAAUUUGUGUAAAUACUUCUGCAAAGGUACUGAUGCUGUAAAGUCAAAACAGUUGUGGAACUGUGAUUUUUUUUUCCUUUUCUUUUUUUGUAUUAUACACCUUGUUAGAACUCAUUUUGCUGGCUGAAAGAGUAAUGAAUAAUAUAUCUCAUGUCAUUUUUGUAGAAGAAAAACUAUUUGAAGGUAUUUUUUGGUUUUCCCUAACAUGUAUCCACUGUAAACGUUUGUCGUGUGCAAGCUCAAAGCUUGGACAGAAUUUUUUUGUAUUUGUAAAUUGGUUUAAAUACAUGGAAUUUUAUACAGGUUUUCUCCUGUGUUAUAUAUGCAUUAUGUGCAGGUAUGAUAUUUUCUUCACUACUUUUUCUAUCUUAAUAUAGUGUGGAAUUUUAUUGUAUUAUUCUUCCAUUCUUAAUACUGUAUCACAUUCCUGCUCAGAAACUGCUCACUUCCUUAUUAAAUUGUCUUUUCUCCUCAGCGUGACAUGUAUCCAUUUAUAACUGCCUAUUGCCUGUUCUAUUAGCACCCAAAAGUGUGGAAGGCCUCCAGCCACCAUUUCUGCUGUGUCAUUAGGAUGUGCAGUAAAAAUAGAGACCUAACAGUUAUGUUAUAGAAUGGCUUUAUUUACUUUGGUGACUGUUUAUAGUUUUUAAAUAAAAGACUGAACAUUUU